AUGCCACUCAAAGAUAGCGAAACCCCUGGGAGCGAUGGCAAGCGAGAGACCAUACCACCGCGACGCUUUUACAAGCGAACACACGAUGCUGAACAAACCAAAUCUGGCAUGAAAAGGGCUUACGGGCGUCGUGGCGCGCGGCCCAAGAGUCUUCCCGGUUCAGAGGAGCCGCUCAACUUGGCGGCCCUUCCUGUCGAGGUGCCUUUCGAGGCCACUCGAGUGCAGCUCACCUGUUGCGUUUGCUAUGUGUCGUUUAUGCUGAUCUUUCGACGCACACCCAAGGAUGCGGCCAUAUUUUAUAAUAACAUACGCUUUGGGGAGACCCUGCUCACGACAGACAGCACCGUGCUGCUGCGCGCUGCUGAGGCGCCCAAGCCCUAUGUAGCGCGGAUCGUCCGGAUGCUGCACGACACGCGCACCGAUACGCAACACAUCACCGUUACAUGGCUCUUACGCCCAGAGGAGACACGCCGAGGUCGCCAGCCACAUCAUGGCGAGGUGCCAAUAUUUUUUCUACGCAAGGGCACCAAGGUGGGCCUGGGCUCGGCCAUUGCACCUCGCACUCGCGCCCGCCGAACAACCAAGGCUUCAAAACCAACUGCAACGAGCGGUGCACCCAAGGCUUCUGCAUCGAGCCGGUCCUCGCGCUCACUGCGCCAGGAAGAUGCCCAAGAGCAAGAGACUUCCCGAACAGAGUCGAGCACGCUGGGCCACCGCCGCGAGUCACGAGCGCGUUAUAGCUCAGACCAAAUGCAAGCCAAGGCCGUGUCGGUUCUGGCAGCGAUCCAAGAGGGAGAUGAUGAGACGCUAAGCAUCCUCAUGAUGGAUCGUACCAACCUCAACGUGGCAUUGGAGAUGGGCAUGACACCUCUGGCCGUAGCAUGUGCGCACGGCCAAAACAAGAUUGUGCGCGGCCUGUUGCGGCGCGGGUGUCGAUUGGACUUGGUCGAUGAUUUUGGCAACACGCCCUUGCAUCAUGCGGCGCGCAUCAAUGCUGCUAGCUUGGUUCGGCAACUUUUGCGAGCCGGUGCCAACACACAAAUUCGGAAUCGCGAUGGGAAGCUGCCGCGAGAUCUGACGUCGUCGCGUGCCAUCCGUCAUAACAUUGAUGUUGCCUCUACAGCAGCUGCGUGA